UGACGCAAAGGUAGAGAGCGCGAGCUGCAGCUCCGCCGCGCGCCUGAAUCAACUUUACUUUACCUUACUGUCCGGUUUCUCUCAGAAACUCUCAUACAGCGUUUUUUUCAGCAGAGUCCUGCUGUCCAACAUGUCUUCCCUCCUCAUCUUCCUCAGCUCUUCAUCUCCUGCAGACUGCUCUACCUCCUCCACUCCUCACCUCAACCUCAGCUUUACCUCACCUCAGCUCAGGUAACUCAGUCUGAAGAUUUCUCCUCAGAACGAUGCCUCUGGCCCAUUGCUAUCUCCGCCUGAAGCUACACUGAGGGAAAUGAACGGGAAAGCCUGCAACCUCCUGGUUUCUCCCUCCGGCAUGCCUCAGUCUCUGGGAGCUAUUACCGGGCAGCAGGUGCCUCACAUCCGAGUGCAUGCCGACAGCUCGCGGGUUCCCUCGCACCGCGGUGCCCCGGGCCAUGGCACAGGAGUUUCAGCCCCUGGGAAUACAGUUUUUCUGCCUGCCAGUCUGCGGAAGCAGGUGCUGACCAACGGGAAGCAUCAUGGCGCCUUCAGCCUUCCACAGCCAUCGUGGCACCAAGUGUCUCCUUCUCCUCCUGUUCCAUCCAGUAAAACAAGUACGAUGGGGUCCAGUGGGUCACAGUGUGGUCUCAAAGGUUCUCACAGGAAGCUGCUGGGACCGUGCGGCAGGUCAAGCCUCCAGGUGACGAGCAGUGCUAUGGUGGUCCAGAGUCUGAGCCCAGUGUCUUCAGUGUCUGUCCAAUCAUCUGCUGCUUACUACCCUCCCCAUUCUCUGGGCCUUUUGGUUCCCCUCACAGAAACCAGGUCGGUGUUGUCCAGAGAGUCCCUGGCAUCCACCACCCUUAGUCUUGCCGAGAGUCAAUCGAUACGCAGCAGCAAGCUGGACUGGCCUUAUGGCUACCGUGUACUGCCACCGCUGGGGCAGCAGAGCAGCUUCAGUCAGGCAACUGAAGGGGUGGAGCUUCUGAACCUUCCUCCAGGCACGUCCAUGUCUGGAGCCACCAGCAUCUCUAACCCCAACUCUCUACCUGCUUACCUGUUUAAAGAAGACGCCAACAGCCCUCGCCAUUCAGGCCGAUGCAAGAAACGAGCCCUUUCCAUUUCGCCUCUUUCUGACGGUCUGGGGAUUGACUUGAACUCUGUCAUUCGAACUUCUCCCACCUCGUUGGUGGCCUACAUCAUUGGUUCCCAAAGUUCUCCAGCUUCUCACCCUACCCCUUCACCCCUACAGUCUGACGUAUGCGGGCAUCUUCUUGGAAUCAGAGGGAGCUGUAUACCCAGUGCUGUGUUUUCAAACUCUAACUCCAAUCCAAAAGUCAGUUCUACGCUUUCCCAGAGCUUCUCCAAUAACCAUCGAUCUGAAAAGGUGGCUGCCUGCAUGCAAAGGCUGGAAGACUCGGGUGGGCAUGAUCACCAAAGAAGAGGUUCUAAUCUGGUCGUGGAACAUCAGAUUCUACCAGGAGACGAAACCAGCCUCAUUGCGACAUCAGAAAACCCUCAAAUUUCUCAAGAUUAUCUUCCUAAAGUUAACUCUGCACAGUCUCACUUAGAAAUGGCAGCCAUUUUUAAGGCCCCCAGCCUCCCCAAAGGUCCUCCGCCACCAUACCACUCCCACCAUUUACACCGACCCCCUAUUGGUCACCUGGGGCAUGGCCAGAACCGUGUAGAUCCACACACCUUGCCUUGUAUGGACAACAAUCACAGUGUUCUGGGGCAGCCCCUAGCUCUAUGCCCCAUGCUGGAGGAGGAAGAGGGGGAGCUGGACGACUUCAGCGAGGGUCACUGCUGCCGCUGGUUGGACUGUAACGCCACCUACAGCCACAAAGAGGAGCUGGUCAAACACAUCGAGAAGCUGCACAUGGACCAGCGCAAAGGAGAGGACUUUACCUGCUACUGGGCAGGGUGUCCCAGAAGGCACAAACCUUUUAACGCACGUUAUAAACUCCUGAUCCACAUGAGGGUACACUCUGGGGAGAAGCCCAACAAGUGCACGUUUGAGGGCUGUCAGAAGGCGUUCUCCCGCCUGGAGAACCUGAAGAUCCACCUGCGGAGCCACACCGGAGAGAAGCCGUACACGUGUCAGCACCCGGGCUGUCAGAAAGCCUUCAGCAACUCCAGCGACAGGGCCAAGCACCAGCGCACACACAUCGACACGAAACCGUAUGCGUGUCAGAUUCAAGGGUGUCUGAAGCGCUACACGGAUCCCAGCUCCCUGCGUAAGCAUGUCAAAUCACACUCCACCAAGGAGCAGCAGGCCAGGAAAAAGUUGAGAUCCAGUACAGAGUUUAACCAGGACGGCCUGUCGGAGUGUUUAACUAUACAGCCUCUGCAGCACAGUCUCUCAGCUCUGGAUAUGGUCGACACCAAGCCGUGCCAGUCUCCUCUACACACUGACCUGUAUACAGGUGUGUUCUCCCUCGACCAGUCCAGCCAGGUGACCUGUCUCCCAAGCCCCAUGCAGGUUCAUCAUUCCCCCAGCAGCUCCCACCUCCAACUGCCUCCCAUCCCUCCAGCUAACAGCAGAUUUGAGGCUCCUGUAGCGCAGCAGCCGAGCUCUGGCCCACCUCACCAACCAUCUCCUUCAGUUCCCCACAUGGUAGCAGCCCAGAAGACCAGCAGACUGCCCAGAGACCCUGACCACUCCACCACAGCAUUUCUUUCUCAUCCGGAUGGUUACACUAGUCAUGGCCAGACUCUGUGCUCCCCUGUAUACAGUGAGUCAGCGCAGACAGCAAAACACUCCUGUUCCAUGAUGCAGAUUCACGAAUUCGAGGGCAGUCUGGGUCCCUCGGUCACGAGUCAGCAGGAAAUGGACCUGAUCCACAGAGCUCUGUCCAGCAUCACAGUAAUGGAUCAGCACAGUGUAUCAAAGGACGCCUUGGAGAAUCAGGACUUUUCGCUGUCAGACGACAACUACCUUCACAUACGGUCGGUGGAUCGCUGCCCGAGUCAGCUCUCCUGUACCUACAGAGAGGGAUAAACACCGGCCAGGAGUAACUCUCGCUCUGCCCUCUGAUCACCUGUCUGUACUGAUGAUUCAUUACUGACUUCUUGCUUCUUCUCUUACAGUCACAGACUUACAUUUAUUAAAGACAGCUGCUCUGGAACCUGAAGUCAAGGAUGUUUGUGAAUUCUCAAAAACAAAAAAAAACUAUGUACAUAUGGACUGCAGUUCUGUCUUUACCGUUUUUGAUUAUUUACACAGAGAUUAUGAUGUUCAUUUUGCAAGUUUUCUUUUUGUAUGAUAUGAAAUUUCAUGUGAUAAAAGCUGAUUCCAACCUGUGAAAAAAACAGAGCAUUUGUGAUUGUGUGCUUUACUGAAGCACAUCGUUUCUGCGGAAGUGAGAUUUACUUAUUAUCUCAAAAUAAUCACUUGUUUUGAUCUAUUAAACUGUUGUGUGGUUCCAAAUCUCAAAUUAUACACUUUUUUAAAUCGUUG